UCGCAUGCUAUUGCACGGUCUAUGGACAGUAACGGUUUAGCUACAUUGUGUCAUGUCAUGAUUAUGCCCGCGGUAAAUCACGGAUAGCUACAUCGACAUGGUGUUACAUUGUUACCAAAAUAACCAGACUUGCACGUGGUUGGUGCUACAGUUCAAAGGCAACCAACUCACGAGGUAACGUUACUGUACAGUAGUGCAACAACUUGAAAUGAUCGUCUGACAUUCGCUCACAUAUUGAGUGAAAGGAUGCUGGGAACAUGUUUAACAGCUGUCCGCGGUCCUGCGGUCUGCGUGGGUCGGUGUUUCAGCAGUGAAGUGGGUGGUGCAGUUUCCACGUUAACCGGUUUCUCCUCUCCACCGUUCUCAACGGAGGCUUCACUCUAUGUUCACUGACCUUACUGUCUGAAGAGAUGCUCCUACUGUAACUUCAACAAGUACAUUCCUCGCUCUGACAACCAGGAUGUCAUGUUGGCGUGUCUCCAGCGGGAGACGGAGACCUUACUAAAGCUCAGCCAGGUGUCCCGGAUCACCUCUGUGUUUUUUGGAGGCGGGACUCCCAGCCUUGCCCGCCCCUCCACUAUCGCUGCGGUCCUAGAGACAGUUGCCAGGCAUGCUGGACUAUCAGAGGAGGCGGAGGUCACUCUGGAGGUCAACCCCACCCCCGUAGGAAGCUCUAAGUUGGAGGACUUCCUCCAUGCUGGCGUCAACCGUUUUUCCAUCGGGGUGCAGUCUCUCCGGGACGACGACCUGAAGGUUCUAGGGAGAGACCACAACUCCCAGCAUGCUUUGCAGACCGUAGCGGAGGCUCGGAGGCUCUGCCCGGGGAGGGUGUCUGUCGACGUCAUGUUCGGACGCCCUGGUCAGACAGUUGCAUCCUGGGAGUUGGAGUUGGAUGAGCUGCUGUCGGUGUGUGACGACCACGUCUCCCUGUACCAGCUGACCCUGGAGAGAGGCACACAGCUGUUCAGACAGGUCCAGAAAGGCCAACUGAGCGUGCCCAGUGAUGACAUCACAGCUGUCAUGUAUGACUCUGCCAGGAGGAUUCUUCAGAAGAGAGGCUAUCUGCAGUAUGAGGUGUCCAACUUUGCCAGAAAUGGUGCCAUCAGCCAACACAAUAUGAGCUACUGGAAGGCCAGUCAGUACCUUGGAGUGGGCCCAGGUGCCCAUGGUCGCUUCGUCCCCCAUGGAGAGGGGGAUGUGUGUCGAGAGGCCCGUACCCAGACUCUGGAGCCUGAUGUCUGGUUGAGAGAGGUGCAGCAGAGGAGUCACGGGACCCGACGCAGGAUACCCCUCACCCACCUGGGACUAUUGGAGGAAGUGUUGGUCAUGGGACUGCGUUUGAUUGACGGCGUCACUCACCAGCAUUGGCAGUUGUUCAGUCCCAGGGCAGAUCUGUACCAGAUUCUCAGCUCAUCCUCUGAAGUACAAGACCUUCAACAGACAGGCCUCCUAAUCCUGGAUGACAGGGGUCUGCGGUGCUCGUGGCAGGGCCUGGCCUUACUGGACAGCAUGUUACCCACUCUGCUGCUGCUGCUGGAGGCCUACAUCACCCAAGGGCUCCAGGAGCAGCAGGCCAGGGGCCCCAUAGGAGACCAGAGACAUGGAGGACAGAGGGUCUCCAAGCCUGGCUGACAGACAGGGGAGGCUGACCCGGAGGCUGAGACUGACCCGGAGACUGACCCGGAGACUGACCCGGAGGCUGAGACUG